UCUCUCUCUCUCGUCCUAACUCGAUCUCCCUCUCUCGGUCUCUGGCCUCUGAUUGGCUGCUCUCUGCCUUGCUCUUUAUGAAUUGAACAGCAGCGGCUCGAUGCGACUGGCUGUGAGCUGCAUCAACACAACGAAUGCUCCCUCUCUUUCUCUCUCACACACACACACACACAUACAAAUAUACGCACAUGCUCAUCAGCAACAGCCAAACCUUUCAUUGAGAUGUGAGGAGGUUGCUCACACACACACACAUGCAUGCUUGCACACUCAGGUUCACACACAGCCUGCUUUGUCAACAGCUCACGUAGCGCGGUGCACUCAGGCGAGCUCACACACACACACACACGUAGCGUACGAUACACACUCCUCUCUCUCUCUCUCUCUCUCUCUCUCUCUCUCUCGUCUUCUGUCACUCUCCCUCUCUCGUUCAGCCGCAAUCACAUGCCGAGCUUCUCACACACACACACACACACACACACAUAGACAUGCAGUCACACACUCCGGGAUGCAGGCGGCUUCAGUGAUUCUGUGACGUUGCCUCUCUCUCUCUCUCACACACACACACACACACACACACACACACACUCACACGCACACACUUCUCGGUUGUCUUGCACAUGCUUUAACACACGAGACACACACACUUCGUCACCCUCUCUCUCGCGCUGUCAGUCAGUCGGUGUGUGUGUGUGUUGGUGGAAUGAGGCGGUGAUGUUUUGGGACAGGAAGAAUAGUACGGGCAAUUCCCAACGACGGCCCAAAGGAAGACACAGACCCAAAUCGGCAACAGCCACCAGCGGUCUAGAGGCGGAGAGCGGCAGGCGCGGCGGCAGCAGCAGCAUCCACGGCGACGGCAACCACAGCAUCAGCAGCGGCGGUGGAGGAGGAGGAGGAGGAGGAGGAGGAGGAAGCAGCAGCAGCGGCGGCGGCGGCAUCGGUGGUGCGGCCCACUUCAGGUCUCCAUGGCAACAGAGCGUGAACGUGUUCGGCUCGUGGAGCAGGCCGGAGUGUGUCGAGGAGCUGCACCAGCAGGCGCAGCUCAACCUCCAGAGCCUGCUGCAAGACUUUGAGGAGCAGUUGUACGACACCAAGCUGACCGGUCAGACUUUCCGGCAUCCGUCCUCGCAGAGCUCCGACGACGCGUCCACCUCACUCAGCCGAUCGCCCGUCUCCCUCAACAACAAGAGAUCGGACUUCAUCUUCCUGCCGGCGUCCAAACAGCUCUACGACGAUGAAACCACCUCCUCUGUGUUUGGACUGAGGUCCGCGACCAACCCCUCCCCCUCCCUGACCCCGUCGCCCUGCGGGUCGGAUCGCCCCCCGCUGGGUUGGAGCAGCAACAACAGCAGCAGCACGGCCACCUCUGCAACCACCGGACCGCCUGUCGCAGACAAACCGCGCUGGCAGCUCGGGAGGCGAACACCGGGUCACUUCUUACCGCUCGACGUUACAGGUGAAGGGAGAGGAGGGAAAUUCCACGGUGUCGACCUCCUCCAGCACUCCCCGUCCCCAUCCCCCUCUCCAGGGGACCCCUUCCCCCACCAGCCCCGCUCCCUGGAACCCGUCACGGACACUUUCCACCAGAACCUCCCCCUGAGGAAGACCCACUCUGACCUCGACACAACCUUACCUGCAGGAAACACACCGGACCAUCUUCACCCAGGAACUAUGGACACGUCUGGACUGCUGUGCUCAAACACACCUUCCUCUUCCUGGAACGGACCUAAGGGCUCCACUUUUUCCCCCGGAGCGUGGAACGAGCCGUACAAUUACAGCAUGAACAAAGGCCCGGCGGUCCCGCCGAAACAGCACAGCAUCAUCGGAAACGCUGGAGGAGGGACGCAAGACGGGGUGAUGCUGGUGAGCUCAGGACAGUCGGUGAGCUCACUUUCCAGUUCGUUCACGUCGGUGACGAACCCUUCUGGGAGAGGAGGGAAUAACAUGCCAGGGAUUUCACUGGCAGGGGCGAUGAUGGGGAAACGGAGCGAGACGGAAGGGGCUGCCGCGGACGGAGGGAGGGGAGGAGGAGGGGGGAUGGCGGAGGCAGGGAAAGGGCGGGAGAGGUCGGCACGUUCCAUAGCAGCGGCGAACGCCUUCAAGUUCCGGGAACGUUCCCUUUCUACGCCCACGGAUUCUGAUUCCUUCAGCUUUACAGAAGGUGGUUUAGGCCAGCCAGACGGGAACAUGUUGCCCACAGGGAACGGGAAUGCUAUGACAUUAACAGACCACCAACAACAGCAUCAUCACUUUCUGGGUUUGGGUGAGAACUACGCCCUUCUCUACCCUAGAGGGAGCUCCGAAGACAGCGCCAGUACCACCGACACAAUCUCUGUCACAGCUUCAGACUACAGCGCCGACGGCCGCUUGCGCCUACGCUCCCGCUCCAUCUCGCUGAAGAAAUCCAAGCGCAAGCCGCCCCCUCCUGUGAGGAGUGUCUCUCUCAUGAAGAACCUUGGAGAAGCCGAGGGGCGAAUCCACCAUGGAGGCGGCCUUUACCGGGAUGGCCGGCCAAAGAGCCUGCACAUCCCCAGGGACCACUUCCCAGACUUCCAGCCCGAUUUCCUCCUGCCCAGUUCGUCCUGCUCCUCUAGACCCAGUGUUGUGGAGCGGGAGCUGGGCCAUGGAGGCACUGAUGGACCUCCAAGCCUAGAGGUCCAGGCACCCGAGAGGGAGGGAGAGACAGAGCUAACCUUCCCCACUCACUGGCAGCUGGGGGAGUGGAAGAAUGACCCUUACAGGUCUUUAUCAGGCUCCAGCACAGCAACGGGUACCACAGUGAUUGAAUGUAUGAAAGUCAGAGGCAGCUCGGAGUCCCUGCUUGAUUCCCCCUCCACCUCCAGAGCCACCUCACCCUUACAGCUCUCCAUGGAAACCGACAUCAAGGCGUACUCGCCCUUCAAACCCCCGGGGCUCAUGUCCCCAUCAAGUGGCUAUUCCAGCCAGUCAGAGACUCCCACCCCAACUGUUCCACUCAGUCACAUGGCAGGUCACGGGACAAUAGGGACAUUGGGUUGUAAGUUGCGUCCAAAGAUCCCAGAAAGGAAAUCAUCGCUACCGUCGCCCAAGGACCCCACUGCGAGGUCUAGAUUGUCCUUUGAGAUGCCAGGGAAUGCACAUCUGGAGCUGUCAUCAAUCAAGCCAAAGCAAAAGGCCAGCAGGCGACAUUCUGACACCUCCACGGCGGCAAAGCCGGGGAAAAUCAGCCCCAGCUCCACGCAGGCAUUGCCUGUGGUUACCCAGAAUGAGCUGAAGACUAUUCGGCUUCGCUGCGUCUCUCGUGGUGACCUGGAGGACUGCCCUGAUGGGGCGUCUGACACCAUCGAAGAGGAACAGCAUGGCCGGGACUUUGGCGAGUACCCCAGCCCGCCACCUACCCUACCUAAACCCAAACCACCUGUCGCUGUCAAGCCCCCGUUGCCCAAGCGGCCCCUAAACUUACUCCUCAAGUCUCCUUCCCCUUCCUCCACUUCCCCCCUAGCCCUCGAUUCACCUCCUGGCUCACCCGUGGACCGGCCUGUGCCCCUAGGCAACAUCUACAAAGUCAUGAGAAGACCCAAACCCAAAAAACCUCCACCACAAACAACAAGUCCCUCAGUUCUACCAGAUUUUACCACCCAUCCACAAACUGCCUAUGAUCAUCCAUUCCUCCACCACUCCCAGUCCCUCUUCGAUCUCCCUCCUCUUCCGGACCCCCAGCCUCUUCUUGAAGACCCAGCAAUGGAGCCUGAAUUUGAUGCAGACCCAGAGAUCCGUCUUGAUCCUGGGGACGGAGGUUCGCUCCCCUCUCCCUGCAGCAACCAGGAGGCUCUGGAGCUCCAGGACAAAAGCAAGACCCUCCCCUCAAGGAUGACAAUCUCCUGUCUGGCAGAGCUGUCGGACAAAAAGAAACCCAAGGUUCCACCUCCAGUCCCCAAGAAGCCGAAUGUUCUGCUUCUUCCCUCGUCGGUCCACUCCUCCACCAAUGGCAGCACAGAACGUCAGACCCCACAGACCGACAGCCCCGUGGGUCUCCGGUCUCCCGUGGGAACAUUCCCACCAGAAGAGUUUCACGGUUCUCCUGUUGUUCCCGAUAUGCUUGAGCAAGAUGAGAACCACUUGGGAAUAUACGAGGAGAGUUCCAAAGAGUCGUCACUUCAUUCGUCCCUGCAUGAUUCCUCCCUCACAGAGCUGGAAGGGCAAAUGACCUGCACUGGGAUUGGGGCAGAUGACUCGGCAGUCAAUGAGAAGACGGUACUCCACAUCGCAGAGGAAACGGACGGCGACUUAUUGGCCGGCACGGCCGCAACGCACACCACCGAAGACCUGUUCACUAUUAUUCACAGGUCCAAGCGAAAGGUUCUAGGUCGCAAGGAGCCGACGGACUCCUUCGGCAGCCGCCAGAGUCUUGUGUCCCCGGUGAAGCACAGCACCAGUGGUAGCGACCUCCGAAACAUGACCCUAGGCAGCCAGAGGUCCAGCUCCCGCAAUGAGAACUUCAUGGCCCUGCUACAGAAGAAAGGCGGCAAGUCUUCCGGCGGAGGAGCCAGAGUCUCCGCUAUGGAGCUUCUCAAAAGCACAAACCCUUUGGCGCGACGGGUCACAGAGUUUUCAACCACCUCGUCGCCGACCGGCGAGGGAGGAGACGGCAAACCCAACGAUCAAUGAACGGAAGUAUCGGUAACGGAUGUUAACCAGGUCCGUUUGCUGUCGACAAAGCUACCAACCAAUUCUACAAUGUGCCACCCACUGCAGAUGGGGCCUUUUGACCAACGAGUCCAAUCGGCUCGCUCCAACUACUGAUUGACCAUUUGCACUGUCCAAUCAAAUUGGAGCACAUUUUUUGGGCAAAAUGGUCCCUCCCAUGGUUGAAGCGCUAUUGUUCCCUGUCAAACCAGCCCCUCUAGGAAAAAGCGAGAAAUCUGUGGAGAGCGAUGUUUGUUCCUUGCUAUAUUUUCAAUGAAGGGUGGAGGUUUUAAGGUUUUGCUUCAACGCUGCACCAUAUUUUCCUUGUUGGGGGACCUGCUCAGUGUGGAGGCUGGAUGCAUAGAUGGAUGGGUGGAGUGGACACUGGGAAUAUAAGGAUAUACAGUGGAUAUCUUUACUCCUGGCUCCUUCUGGAUGAACACAACAAGAGUCCCAGAUGACAACAAUCGCCAUACAUAUGAAUCUGUAACCAGUUAUUACUGAUCCACAAGGAUACCGCAGAGGAUCAGUAAUUAAAUGAAUCCAAGAAAUGAAUGGAAUAAAAAUUCAGAAGAUUUAAUAAUUCAUCUACGAUUCAACCAAAGCCCUCCAACCAGUAGGACUACAGUGCCGAAACCUUCAGACCCAUAUGAAUUGAAGGGUAAAUUAUUCAUGGUGUAAAGAGGCACCUGAGAAAGAAAAUAUGCCCCAAAACCUUGGGCAUCAUCAUAACUCCUCAUCUCUCUAUGGUGAUACCGUAGCAGUCGUCAGCAUUGAGCGUGACUUGAGCGGACAAAGUGCAGGAUUAACAAAGAAGAAACCACAUGGGGGGCUUUUUGCCGCCAAAGAUGACGCAUGGGCAUGUCACAUAUUUUGUUGCUCGUGCUACGAACAUGAACGUGGACCUUCGAAAGAAACAUUCUGCAGAGGUACCCGGCAAAAAGAAGAGACAUUUUGGAACGCAAGCACUUUUCUUUUUUGCAUUCGCGUCCUGACAUUUUUUUCUUGGGACAUUCAUCAAUCCAUGUUUUUUCAGUCUUUGUUUAAAUGUUUUUUUUUCUCUUGUAUGCUUUUCCUACACAUGCCAGAUGGCCAGAUACUGUACAUGCUUCAUUGGAUCGUACGGUAUGUAUCAUGUACAGAGAUAAAUGUGACGCAUCUAUCAACGGAUAUCAUUUGCGAACACAAGGACUAAAAAUAGUGUACAGCAAGCAGCUUGGACUACACACUGCCCACAUGAUGGAAGGAAAAACACACUCAAACAAACACACACAAGGACUAAGGAGUAACGCCAUGGAAGACAAACAGAAAAACAGACGGGAACAGUGUGUGUGUGUGUUCAUACGAGUGUGUGCGCAGAUGAAAUCUUGCCUGUGGAGUUUCUGUACGGAGAGUAUGAAGCAGGCCUGGUUAUUAAACAUGGUUUUUAUCCAUGUUUGGUCUCUGGUGACGGGACCAAAGGACUAUUAAAAACUACAAACAGACCAGAGGGGGCCUAACGGUGUGUGUGUGCAUGUGCGCUUGUGUGUGUGUUCAUGUGUAUAGAGGGAAGUGCCAAAAAAACAAGACAGAGAAGAAAGACAGAGGGAGAGCGUGCACGUACCUGUGCCUGUUCAUGUGUUUGGCAUUUUUGUGCGUGUGUCAUCACUCCGUGUGUAUAUAUGUGUGUAUGUGUGUGCAUCGUCACCCCGCCAUCUCUUUCUUGGGGAUAGGUUUGGAAUGCCCCUCUCCAUACACCCACACAUUCCCCAGGUUCCGGAACCAAUAGGAUUCGGGAAUCAAGAGGAUUCCAGAACCCGAAAGGAUUCUGCAGAGUUUGGAAUUCCGGAACGAGGGAGCGACUGUGUGCUCCGUCUGCAGUGUCGCAGAGGGACGUUGCGGGGGUCGUUUCUGUUUGUUUUUCACACUCUGUCUCUCUCGCCUCAAAGGUGAGGCGACGGUCUGUGCCUCCCUCCUCCUUCCCACUCGUUCCUCUCCUCCUCCUUCCCACUCGUUCCUCUCCUCCUCCCUUCAUCGCUGCUGGAGAACGCGCUCCAUCUGUCUCUCUGCAUCUAGCGUCAUCCCUGUUUCCCUCUCUUCUUCUGGCACGUACGGUAGCACACAUUCUCUUUCGUCGCCUAUAAACUGCAGCCUCUUUCUGUUUUUACACGUAGCACCACUCCUCUAUAUCACUUCCUCUUUUAACCGUCUCUACAUCCUCCUCCCUCCCUGACCCUCCCCCAUUUUCCGUUCGCCUUCACCCCGUCUCUCCCAUCUCUCUCCCUCCUCUCCACCUCUCUGCAUUCAGUCUAUGCAUCCGAGCUCGGCAGACGACACGACACCGGAUGAAUGUCAAUGACUGACUGUUAAGAAAAUACAUGCUGUGCUUAGUUUGAAAAAGAAAACACAAAAAAAAAUCAAUCAACGCUUACGUAUCUUCUGCCUUCUCUCUUUCUUGCUCUCUGAGUUUUUAUACUUUUAUUUGAACCUUUCUUUCGAGUAUCCCAAACGUGGGAUUAACAUGGAGGAGUGAAUGGAUAGGAUCUGUGCACAAACACGCAGGGUUUGAAUGUGUUUUUGCAUAAAGGACCUUUACUUUUGGACUUAUGAGCGAAACACCCUGCGGUAUUUGACCCCCUGACCGACCCUCAGUCCUGGAUCACCGUGUGGACGGUCUGAGAAUGUGUGGAUUAGCAGCGGUUCAGCUCUAACACCUGAUUUAUCCCCUGCAUGGAUGGACGUGUGGAGGGGAGGAGGGAACCUUUCAUCUCUUGACGCCCAGUCGAUCCCUCGGUGCUAUUGAGUCAGAGCUCCCCCUAGUGGGCGGAGAGGGAGGGAACCGCACCCAACGACGAGAGAGUAAAAGAAAAGAAAACUCCUUCACACACGUCUCUCUUCCCUUCAACAGUCCUUCAGGUACUCCAUCAUCCUGAAAAAAAAAGAUUUAAAAAAUACAUAAAUGAUCACCAUCUAUGAUGACUAGUCAAGUGACGCUUGUUUUAAAUAUUUAGUGAAUGAAAAAAAGAUAAACCUAUAAAUCUCUGUGUUUGUUUGCCUUGUAUACUGAAUUAUGGGCGUGUCGCUGCAGCGCCGACUGUGUUUUUAUUUUGUUCUUUUUUUUUUGUAUUAUUUGAGCUGCCUUGGUAGUAAACACACACAAACGCACACACAACCUUUGCAAAGAGUGUAAAAAAGGGAGCAUUUGUGUUUAAUCUGAAUCUAAUCUGUACUCGCUAUCUCCAAACAAACAUCUGCCCACAUCUGCAUUCAUAUACAGGCAUGCAGAGGAGGGCAGUGUGUUGAUACUUUACCCCUUUUAGAGCAAUAUCCCUCAGAGCAAUGACAGAUCCGAGAUCAGAUACGUGAAGUUGGAAGCGAGAUCAAAAAAACCUACAAAAAUGCAUUUGAGCUAAACCCACAGAUUCAGGGGCCAGCGUGUGAGCAGAGAGGAGAUAUGAGUGCAGUGUCGGGAGAGACGGGAUGUGUUUGUUUCGGCACGAUAAUAACGGGAACAGUUUGAUGUUGAAGAGCAUUACGUGGUGUGGAGACGCACGGCACGUCUAAAAAUGGGGGUGUAAAACGUGGUGUUGUUUUGCCUCCUGUGCCGACAGAUGAAUACAUCUUCAACGCGAGGCUUUUGGUUCGACAGUCUUUAACAGGGAAGUGAAUAGAGGUACAAUCAUGUGGGUACACUGGUAAAUAAAGAGUGCUAUCCCUUUUGUGGGGAUGCAUUUCAUUUGAUAUUGAGGUUUUCAGAAGCAGAGUUUCACCGGAGGCAGAAAUAAUCUCAUCGGUUGCGUUACUGCCAACUCGGUGCCAUAUUUUUUGAUACAUUUAAGGUCUGCACACAACAAACUUACGGACGAUGGGAACAAUUGGCCCUCAGUGCAUUCGGCCGACCAAUCCACCAACCAAUGAGAAUAUGUUAGCCUCAAGUGCAGCUCCGCCUCCAAGAAAUGUCUGCAGAAGUAUAUUACCAAUCUGAAAUAUGCUGACAACAUAUUUUAUUGAAAAUGACAUUUAUAUAAAGUGUGAAAAAGAGAGCUGACACUAGAAAUAUAUUGGACAUGUAAUCCAUUAUCCCUUCUUUAGGAGCGAGGGAGAGGCGGAGGAGGGGAAUGAGGGUGUGGAGCAAAGGGGUUGAUUCCUCUGAACGCGAGGAUUACCACGCCGGAAUAUACAUCAUCUUUCCCUUCACCUCCUCUCUCCCUUCGUCUCGGCUGUCGCGUGACUCAGAGGAGUAAUCGUGUUAAAAGCCCCCCCCCC